AGUGAUAACAUGCAGGUCUCGCCAUGCCCUUGCCAUGCCAGAAUAAUAGCGACACCUGCCUAAUGACAUCAACUUUUCGGUGCCUCCGUCAACUGUUGCAGCUUCUCGUCAAUUGCCGAUAACGAACCCCGAGCGCAGUAUCAGGCGAGCGUAUGUGACAUUUCCCAAAAAUAGAGUUACCUCGGUAAGCAUUAACUAGCAUUGGAGUAGUUUGGAAUCCUUUGGGAAGCUUUUGUGUGCUUUUUGUCUGAAAUUUGUCUCAGAGGUUUAUAUAUAACCAAGGCGAGUUCCGGAUUCGGAGAUCGGAGUUUGGUUCCGAGCAUGAAAUUCGAGAUUGAGUUCUGAUACGGUAGAUCGAGGUUACUCUGAUGCUCCGCGUCUUCCCUCCCCGCUGGAUGUGGAGAUUUGUAUCGCUUGAGUUGAUUAGGCUAAUGAUAUGAGAAGGCUUGUCAUCGUUGCGAGAUGAAAUGCAGCGUGAGAUCUGAGGGCUGACCGUGCUAGAGAAGGAGAGUUAGCAAGUGGAGCCGAGAGAUGGUGAGCUUUAGAGCUUGCACAUGAUCGCGAGUCUAUGAAACUGGUCCCGCGUAGACAGUUUCUGAGACUCGACCAUGCCCCUGGGUUUAAUAUUAGCGCAUAUUAAUAUCUCGGGGCUUGACACUGCAGACAAAACCACAAAUAUCAUGAUUCUCGUUUCUGUUGGUCGCUCUUGCCAUGCCCACUGGAAAAGCGAUCUUGGUUGCCCUGCGAUGCCCGAUCAUCUACUGUAGGGUCUCGAUCUGCACAACCCCCCCCCCCCCCCCGGGAGAGUUUUCGACUCUCUAGGACAGAGUUUUGGUCCCUGAUAGGUUUGGCAUUUUUUGUUUGUUAUCGGUUGUGAAGUUUUUCACAGGGUUAUUUCUCCUUAGACUAAAUUCCCCUUCGAAUUCUAGGCAACGGUGUCUUGGCAUCAAGAUUAGGAACUUGGACAUCGAUCAAGGCUUUAAGCAUACUGAGAGUUUCCUCCAGAGAACUGAUUGUUCGGCCUUCGGAUGUUACACAGAUUGUCGUUGUGGGGAGUGGAGGACCAGAGAAGAAAAUGGGGGGGUCUGUUGUUGAGAGGGAUUUUAUUCUGAGCUUGAGAGUGUAGACAGAUCUGGGUAUUCUGGUGAUUGCUUGAGAAGUGAUGUUGUUGGGAAGGCGAGGGAGAAGUCAGUAAGAGUUAUGAGUUUAUUUGACACGCAGCCGCAGUGGCACAUACUUUUUAGCUGACGGCUUCUCGUGAGGGGUCUGUGAUCACACCUCACGGAGAAAAAAUACUAACUUGACCAAUGGCUCUAGAAGUUUUUUUUUCCUCCAAAGGCUUCAUGUCAAAUGCUGCUGCACAACUAUCGCUGCCUUUUCAUGUUAUCAUUGACCCUGACUUGAGGGACGCACGACGUUCGCGCCUGGCGAGGCGACGCCCUAGAGUAGCAGCCUCAAGUACUGGGCGAAGGCACAAGGCUGUGAGCCAAAAGAGUAAAGUUGUCACCUCUAGCUCAAAUUCCAUCCUGAACUCCCCCACUUUCGGCUCUGUUUCGGUCUCAGCAUCUGGCUCUUGCUUGGAGCAUAGCAAACAACGAAUUUCAGAAACUUGCAUUUGUAGAGCAAAUUCCUUCGAGCAGGCAGGGCUUCCUGAUGGGGAGAGUAUAGAGGGAUUUCAGGAGAAGGAUGGUUUUGGUUUUGGUGUAACGAAACGAGGUGUUGGUGCACAAUCAGACAUAAUCGAACAGAAGGAUCGACAGGAUGGAGGCUUCGCAAAUGCAGAGAUUCCGAGAUCUAUGCUUAGCCCCAAUUUUGGAUCCUCUAACCCUGAAACCGAUGAAUUUUGGAGGUCGCCAUCGCCCAAUCUUGAUGACGAGUUUCAUGCAAGGAUGAUGUCUUUGGAAUCGUCUCAUCACUCGGGAUCUAGAGCGAGCGACUUAGGUGAAUGCCCACCUUCGACAGCAGCAGUUUUUGACGUUGCCGAGGUUGGAUCAUCCUUUAACACUGGUGCUGAUCUCUCUGGACCUAGUCCACACCAUGGCGUCGAAUCGCCAGGGUGCUCCACUGCGUCCACUUCCAUCUCUACUCAAGGCAAAGAUUCGCAGGUGCUCUGUGGGUUGGGGCUGGGAGGUGUGCACCUUCCGUCAUCCAUAAAGAAGCUGCGAAAGAAAGGCGAAAGCAGAGCUUCACCUGCGAGGGAGCGAGGAUGCGCCAUUAAGAAAGCAUUCUCGUCCAUGGUGUACAUGAUCAAGGCAGUGCAGAGCCAUGCCCUGCAGAUGCGGCAGGCGCUGUUGUCAGAGUGGGAUGUAGAUGAGGUUUUACUUCUUGCUCAUCGGGAGUUGCACUCGUCUUUCGUUUGGCUCUUCCAAACAAUCUUCGCAUGUACUCCGAAGCUCAUGGUCUCCGUCAUGAUUCUACUGGCUAAUUUCACUGUGUACUCCACGGGGGAGAAUGUCGCCAUAGCCAUCGUCACAGAGACACCAGAGCCCAUAGCCCUCUUCCUCUCGACAUACGGGAACCCACAAGCAUCGUCUAAUCCUUACCUGGCUAUUGGUACUCAGAUAUAUUCUAACAUGUUGAAGGAUUCCGUGUCGACGGCAUCUGAACCUGACCCCGCAAGUCUAGGUGAUGGCUCUGGGGGCAACAAUUACCCUUCUGGUCUGAUUGCAGAGAGCUAUGAUGGGGACGCAUGGUUCAAUAGUGCUCUAAACCAGAGAUACAUGUUUUCUCAGAAGGAAUCAAUUCGUGACUUCCACUCUCCUGGUUCUGCAGUCGAUGAAGCUAAAAGGAAGUCGCAAUCAAAGCGUGAGAAGCGGCAAGAUUUGUGGAAGGCGUGGCUUGACAGCAGCAUGCAGGAUUUGAAGCCCGAUAGCAAUGAGCUACUGCAACAUGUACAGCUAGGUCAAGACACAAUUCGAAGGUUUGUUGCUCCUGUUGCGGUACAUCUUGAAUCCGACAAGUAUCCUUGCUUCGACCGCACUAAUCUCGAGUAUCAGUACGCUAUCAACAUGGAUCCUUUCAAUCCUCUGCUUCUUGCCAACUACGCGCAGUUUCUUUUUGUCGUCCGGCGUGACAACAACCGAGCUGAGGAGUAUUUCCACCGGGCUAUGCAAGCGGAUCCUCUAGAUUCGACCAUUCUCGGGCGCUUCGCUAGUUUCUUAUGGCUAGGGCGGGGAAUUCGAUCCGCAGCCGAGAGAGCGUUCAAGGCCGCCAUAGCAGCCGAUCCAGACAGCUCUUUCCCUGCAAGUAACUACGCAAAUUUCCUAUGGCAUUUCGGCGAGGGGGGUGCAUCUGAAUCCUUCGCUUCAUGAUCCCAUUCGCGACAGCUGCAACCCGCGCCGAUGUAGGGCUCAAUGCAUAAGUUCCUGGAGUGUGAGUUGCAGACAGAGAUAAUUUUUCUGAUUAGUGUACAUUUUUGAUAUUUUUAGGGAAAGCUAUUGAUUGCGAGUGAGUUGUAAGAUCAGAGUAACACCGUCCGACAACUGCAGCGCCUCUGCACCAAGAGUUUUUAGUUGAUGGUAUUCUAGAUUGUGAAUCUCAGCAUAUAGCAAGAGCUGCAAAUUGUCUGCGAGCCACUAGCAUAGAGGAAGUCGGUGAUUAAGUCGUAGUUUGUACAUUCACCGAACAGGUGGGAUGUCAAUGUACAUUAUACCUUGUAAAUUACACGAUGAGCACUAUUGACGAUCCUCCGGGGCCCAAGAAUUUCUUACAUCUUGGUUGCUCUUCGCUUCA